AUGGCCUAUCCUCUCUCUACAAACUCUCGUUGGAUAAUCAACGAAAAAGGACAAAGAACGAAGCUAGCGUGUGCCAAUUGGCCUGCGCAUUUGCAGCCUGUGGUGGCGGAAGGACUGAGUAAGCAGCCGGUUGAUGCCGUGGCCGAAAAAAUAAUUGCAAUGGGUUUCAAUUGUGUUAGGUUAACUUGGCCACUUGAUUUGGCUACAAAUGAGACAUUGGCUACUAAUGUUACUGUGAGGGAUUCUCUUCGAAGUCUUGGUCUGAACACUGACAUUUCUGGUUUCCAAACUAAGAACCCUUCCAUGAUUGAUCUUCCACUUAUUGAAGCUUACAAGAGGGUGGUGACGACGUUGGGAAAGUACAACGUGAUGGUGAUAUUAGACAACCACUUGACCAAACCAGGGUGGUGCUGCGGCUACGACGACGGCAACGGUUUCUUUGGAGAUACAUUCUUUGACCCUGCCACAUGGAUCGCCGGUCUGACCAAAAUAGCCACAACCUUCAAAAAUGUAUCCAAUGUCGUUGGUAUGAGCCUCAGAAACGAACUUAGAGGACCUAAACAAAAUAUCGACGUUUGGUUCAAGUACAUGCAACAAGGAGCCGAAGCAGUUCACGGAGCAAACCCUAACGUACUUGUAAUCCUUUCUGGCUUCAGCUACGACACAGACCUCUCUUUCGUCCGAACACGACCCGUAAACCUAACUUUCUCGGGUAAACUCGUCUUUGAGCUCCAUCGAUACGCUUUCACCAACACUGAAACAUGGAGUUCUAAAAACCCUAACGACGCAUGCGGCGAGAUUCUAAAAAUCAUCGACGAUGGAGGCGGUUUCAUCCUCCGGGACUUUCCGGUGUUUUUUAGUGAGUUUGGACUCGAUUUGAGAGGCGGGGACGUUAACGCUAAUCGAUAUAUCGGAUGUAUAUUAGGUUGGGCGGCGGAACAUGACGUUGAUUGGUCGAUAUGGGCACUUUCAGGAAGUUAUUACAUCAGAGAGGGUGUGGUCGGAAUGACCGAGUAUUACGGUGUCUUGGAUUCGGAUGGGAUAAGUGUUCGAAACAACAGUUUCAUGCAAAGAUUGUCUCUCAUUCAAUCCCCUCUUCAAGGACUGGAUCCUCAACCCGAAGCCAACAAUCUUAUUUUCCACCCGUUAACCGGUCUUUGCAUGCUACAAUCUUUCUCAGAGCCAACCAAGGUCAAUCUCGGUCUAUGUAAUGAAUCACAACCAUGGGACUACACUAGUGACAACACUCUGAAACUUAAAAACAUGCCUCUUUGCUUGGAGAACACCGGACCGAAUGCACCGGUUAAGCUCAGUAAGACUAGUUGCUCCAGCCCUAAUUUGUCGAAAUGGCAAACCAUCUCAGCCUCUAAUAUGCUCUUAGCUGCCAAGUCAACCAAUAACUUGCUUUGUCUUGACGUCGAUGGAGACAAUAACCUCGUGGCUACCAACUGCAAGUGUGUGAACGGCGAAGACAGCUCGUGUGAUCCGAUGAGCCAGUGGUUUAAGAUCGUUAAAGUCAAUAAAUAA